AUGCCUUCCGCUCUCUCUUUCAAGCACCUUCUCUUGGGUGCAAGCCUGCUACCGAGCCUGGCUUUCUCUUCUCCAGUCGCCAACCCGGGCCGAAUCGAAGUUCCCGCUGCCCUCGAGUCCAUCGUGCCAGACAUCAUCCAACAUGGACCUCUGGAUGAUGCAGCGCUGGAGCGCCUGCAAGAGUCUCUCACCGCGAGCACGCGCCCAACUCCGACGCCAAAGCCCGAGAGAGUCAAAAGGCAGGCGACUAGCACAGCUCAGGGCUCGCUCACCAUCGCAACCAGCGACGCUUUUGUCUCCGUGGACGUCGGCGACAUCAACCUCAUCGACAACAACCCGGCCAAUUGCCACUCUCAGACCUUGAAUGGCCCGAUCCAGGCACUACACACUUGGAUGGGCUCCACCAACGUUCGUGCGAUGAACAUUACUGCCUCCGGUGGAAACACCACCGCCAUUACUUCUAAACUCGACGAACCAUUCGAUGCCGGAGCAUUCACCUUCGACAACAACGAGCGCAUCAAGGAAUUCUGGAUCCUGGAGAACCGCGGCUCUUUCCUCGGCUUCAACUUCACCACCGCCAGCGGCAAGACAUACUCCGCCAUGGCCCAAACGAUCCGCGACCCGCCUCCGAUGGUCAAGGUCCCCAUCGGCUCCGGCAUCCUCGGCCGCAUGCGCGUGCAGUACUGCGACAUCGGUCUCAUCGGCCACGUCGGCUGGGACUUCAUCGAUGACCUGCAGUCCGUGAGCAUCAGCAACCUCGCCUACUCCGGCUUCACCGACAACAUCAUGCCCUCCGGCCCCGGCACCACCGUCACCGUCGGCUCCCAGAUCCUCGACAACCGCAACUCCAGCACGGAGCAGAUGAUCACCAUCCAGACUACCGACGCCGUCACCAAGUCGCACACCAUCAGCGUCGCCAACCAGUGGCAGGUCGGCGGCAAGGUUGCGGUCGAGGCUGAGGCUGGUAUCCCCUUCAUCGGAAAGACCAAGGUUACGACUGAGUUCAACUGGCAGGUCGGCAAGACCACGACCGAGGAUGACAUGCAAUCCGAGACGUUGACCAAGUCGUCUACCGUCAACCUCAAGUGCCCCGCCAAGAAGUACUGCGUGGGCUCAUCCUUCUACACCAACUUCAAGAUGGACGUCGACGUCGAAGCCACCUUCCGCGCUAAGACCAAGUCUGGAAAGGAGUUCUUCUGGGUGCAGAAGGGCAAGUACUCCGGCGCUGACUCCCUCGCAUUGCAGCUGCAGGUUGAUGAAGCUGACGGCGUGAUCGGCCGCCGAGUCUCGACUGUCAGGCAAUUUUGA